AUGCUUGCGCCGCCACGCUUCCCCGACGACGACACCGUGGAGGAUGACGAUGACGACAAGACGACGCUGGCGAGUCGUUUCUCGCUGAAACGGAUCCCCUCGGUGCCGAUGCUGCCGCCGCUGCCGUCUUAUAGCACGUUUCGGCUGUGGAACCCAAAGAGAGCGUCGUAUAGACGCGAGAGGGGCUGGCUAGACGAAGAGGCCGUGGCGAUCGGCGGGCAGAUGCUCGUGAGCGUGAGGCAGAGGCCGGGGAGCGGCAGUGGCUGGGCGGGACAGCAUCCGCCGGUGCUGCCGCCGGUGGGACACAGAGCAAUGAGGCAGGGCCUGAAAAGUAUGGCUCAAGGAAAACAACAGCCAAAACAACAGCAGCAGCAGCAGCCGCCGGCACCGCCGCGUCACCUGGAAGACGUGAAGCAGCAGCCAACCAUCACCGACUACGACUACGUCUACGACAAGCAUGACCAACCUCACCAGCCACAGCAGCAAACGGAAGAAGAGUUGGCGAUGCCAGCGAUGCCUGGAGCCGUACACGACGGCGGAUCCGGCGCCACUGAGGACUUUGUCCGCCCUGCGGCGGCCGUCCUCGCCCGGCACCCGACCCGCACCGACUCCGAGCUUCGCGACAUUCUGCGCUCCACGGAGCAGCGGCUCCGCGACGGCGACCGCAGCCGCAGCCGCUCGCCGGAGAAGCGCACGCCGCACGGCUCACCGACCAAGACGUCGACGCCGCGCAGCACCCCCGGCGGGCGUGGAGCAGCACGCCAGGGCGCGCAUCACAACGGCAGCCCGGUCAAGUACGGCGGUGUGACGUACAGCGCGAGCGGCAGCGGUGGCAUGGGCGCGCGCGAAGGAUCGGCCGCGUCGAUUGGCAGCGCGGCCAACAGCCUGAUUGCGCAUGCGACGGAGGAGCUGCAGCUCCCCGGGGGCAUGGGCAGCCCGAGCCGUCUGCGCGGCCACGAGUGGCUCGCGGGCGAUGAUGCGAUUCUGCAGCUGACGACGCCGCAGAUGCAGCAGCAGCAGCAGCGGGACGACAUGGAGCGCGCUCUGCAGCAGCAGUACCUGCAGCAGCAGCAGCAGCAGCAGCAACUGCAGAAUGCCAGCCCCCAACGAAGCAGCCCCCAGCGGGACCGGUCUCAACGCCGCCGCUCCACCGACAGCGAUGCUUCCUCGAGCCUCUCUACGCUGUACAGCGUCGGGGACGAAGUCGAUGAUGCUUCGAUACAAGCCGUUGUCGAGGGCCCUGACGAUCCCUUUGUCGACCGCCGCGGGAUCCCCGUCCUCGCGCCCCUCCGACGCACCAUGACCGUGAGCUCCGAGACGCUCUCCCGGCACGUCGACCACAGCGCCAUGCCGUCCGUCCACCACCAGAGCCCGCCCCUGCGCAACCCGCAGCGUCUUCAGCAGGGCCACCAGACGCACAAGUCGCUCGACGCGCAGCGCUUCGCCGGCGCCCUGCAGCCCCCCUCGCAGCAGCAGCAGCAGCGCGGCACCGAGGAUGUGCGUCCCAAGUCGGCCAUGUACGCGGGCUACACGUCCCCGCUAGUGUCCGAGUCGAGCUUCACCGACAUGUCCGUCGACAGCACGACGCUGAGCGCCUCGAGCGAGGACACGAUCACGGCGGACGACGACGAGGGCUUUGACGUGAUGGCGGCCACGCCAGUCCGUCGUCGGGGCUCGGAUGCUUCGUCGUCGCCGUUUAGCGAGCAUGAUAUUGUCAACAUGAUCAUCGCCGCGCAGUCGCCCAAGAAGAGCAAGAAUGCGCGCGCUCUGCCCACGCCGCCGGGCCUGCCGACGGUCGUGGCGCCCGACGGGUCCAUCAUCCCGACGGCGCUGUCGCCGCCGCCCAAGAGCCUCGCGCGCACACUGUCCCUCCAGCGCGGCACUUCCCUUGUCCGCAAGGCGUCCGUCACGUCCUCUGCCUACAGCAACACGAACAACAACAACAACAACAACAACGACAACACGCUGACGGCCUCGCGCAGCGGCGGCGGUGUCGGCGUCAACGGCCUCUCCGUGUCCAACACGGUCGCCGAGCUUCGCCGCAUGAACUCGCUCGUCAGCAACACGAGCAACAACUCGCUCACCUCGGCGGCGGCGUCGGCGGCGACCGAGACGCCGGUGCUGCUGCCGAACCUGUCCGACGGACGCCUCCCGCAGCUGCAGAGCGUGCGCAACGCGCCUCGCAUGGGCACCAAGCAGUACCUCAACGUCGGCAGCAGCAGCGCCAGCGGCAAAAAGAGCAGCAUCGGCAAGCCGGGCGGUCCCCGUCCGAAGAAGGGCGGCGGCCAUGUGCGCGCCCACACGACCACGACGGUCGCAGUAGCGGUGACGAGUUCGACGACGCCGGAGCGGCCGGCCAAGGACCCGCGCCGCAGCCUGGGCAACGUGGGCUCGCUGGUGGAGCGCUACCAGAAGCGCGAGGUCGUGGUGACGGCGGCGGAAAAGGAGCUGGACAACGGCAAGGAGAAUGCCGGCCUGGGCAUCUCGCGCGCGCCCUCGACGCGCCAGGCGGCCGCGCUGCAGGAGAGCAGCCGCCGCCGCGGCGGGACCCCGACAAGGGAGUCGUCGCCGUCGGCGCCGUCGCCGAGCCGCGCCGGGACGGGCAAGAAGAAGAAUGUGCUCCUCAAGAACCCCGUCGUCGCCGAGCUGGCGGCCGCGGAGCAGCGUCGGCACAGCAAGGACAAGCGUGGGAGCGUCGACAGCUUGGGGCUGUACGACCAGGAUGGGUUCCUGCUGCCGUCGCCGGAGCGUGAGCUGACCAAGAAGCUGCUGCGCAUGUAA